AUGGCUGUCGACGCUGCUACCCCCUCUUCGCCCGUUCCGAUCCCCGAAUUGACCAAGAUCGCCACCGAGGCCUGCGACACUGCCCUCAAAGAAGUGACCGAAUACGAACACACCAAAGUCGGCGACUGGAACUCCCAAAUUAUUAACACUAUCCUGAAAGCCCUCAUCACCGCCACCGCCCCCUCCACCCCCUCGACUGCCCCUCCUUACCGCUUCACCGUGAACAGCACCAUCGUGCAACAAGGCCUCAUCGACAAGUCCGCUGCCGCUGACGGCGCGACCAGCAACACCGGCAAGCGCGGGAUGCACUCUGCGUCUGGUGCUUUCUGGGAUGUGAACCGCGAUGGUAUGUGGACGUUCAAGUAUCCGGGUGCUGAGGAACGGGGUCUGGAUGUUGUUGUUAGUGUGACGUGGUUUGCGCUGGGUUAG